AUGUCCUUAGGGAUGCGAAGUGGUGGAGAACUGGGCGAUGAACAGAGGUGGGACAACGUUUUUCCAGCCAAGUCUCUAGUGAACAAGCCCGCAAUGUCCACGAACUCCGACAUCACCAUCCGCAAAUACCAGCCUUCCGUCGGUAUCUCUCGACAGCGCUCCUCUCAAUGCUGCUCGGUUGCACCCCUCCUGCCCGCUGCCUCUGAUACUACGACAGGGGCAACGUCAACUGGUCUACUUGACACGAUAAGAACUGCCCUUUCUGGGUCAUGUCGAUGUGUUUCUUGCCUGCGCAGCAGCUCCAAUGCCGUUGCUGGACAAGCUAGCACGGCUGCCAGUCGGCGGAGGCUCUACAUCGGCAACUCCGUCACACUCCUCUACUCCGCCAUUUUUGCGACUGCCAUAAUUUUUGACGCAGAUGUGAAAACCAAACGACGGACCGAGUUAGAAAAGAAAAUUAAGGCUGUGAAAGAGGAGGUGGAGGAAUUGCGGAUUGAGGAAGCUCGUAUCCUGAAUGGGCUCGCUGAUCGGAGAAAAUUGCGGCAACUUCCUCUUCCGUUGCAAAGAAGGCAAUAUAGCACAGUUGCCGCAACCGCCACAAAUGGUUCUGCGUCAGUUGGGAAAUAUUGGGACGCGAACACACUUUCAAUUGAACGAUUAGAAAAUAAGGAGUCCUGUGCGUUUAAAGACCGACCCGAAAUGAUCACCGACUUUUUUGAGAAAGGGUCUGCCAAGAAGAGAGACCCAACGGACGAAGAUGAACGUGUUCGGAGACAGUAUGACUUAGCAGGGCAAGAUGUUUUGCGAGAAAGGGCUAUCCAGCUCCUUGCAAUACGGCAACUCGCCAUAAAGUUGCUCCUUCGGCCCAGCAUUGCGCAUUCUUAUGGGGAGGUGGUGGCAGAUUAUGGAGAAGAGUUCGACCAUCCGAAAUUCAAUACACAAGAUUAUCUUGUCGAAUUGCACAGGAUAAAAAGACGGAUCACUCGCCUGAGGUUUCGGAAAGACGAAUCAUACGAUGAUCUCGUGAAAAACAUAACGAUUCAAGAGCAAUCAGCCCUCCAGCAAGAAAGGCAGGAAUUGCACAAUAACCUCCAAGCGGCUUUUGAAUCAUAUAAUCGAAAAGCCCUUUCCCUCCAGCGAUUACUAUUGAUCACCUCUGAGAAUUUACUGGCUUCGGAAGAACCAAUUUUGCCGCAGACUGUUGAGCUUAUGAUCACGCAAUUUACACGAUCCAAGCAAAACGACCUUGUGAAGAUGGUCAUCGACUCGCUGUUUCCAAACAGGAUUAGGAUGACUCCCCCUGUCAUUGUUUCUGCGAUCAACUUUUUCAACAAAACCAAGGACCUCUUUGGGUUCGACGGUUUCUUACGUUUACUUCAAGGGGACAGUUUUCCUGUGAAUAUACCUGUUUUGUGGGAAACAGUUCGUGUUGGAGAUGUUCAGGUUGCGCUUCCACCAAAGCCUCGCCACCCAUUUGUGAUGAAUGCUCUCAUUUCUGCCAGUCUUAGUUUCAAUCAGCCCCAAAACGCUGACGCUUACCUCCAUAUCCUUCGAGAAUCUGGAUACAAUGAAGGAGCUCAGGUUUUGGGUUCUUAUCUUCGAUUCUACACCGUAUCGCCAAACUGGAGAAAGGGUGGCUAUGUCUUAUUGCGAUCUGUCGCUUUUAUUAUGUCUACGAAAGCUCAUUUUGGAAACGCAAUUAACCGACUAAUCCUGUAUAUGGUAGCCUUCUGCAAUUCCUGCGGAAAACAUGAAUUGUCUGAGGCUAUAGUCAAAGCUGCCGUUGAUACUGGGAUUGAUUGGAGGCCCAGUUACAAUAAGAGAGAUCUUCGGAGUUCAGUCAAAACCGCUUUAAAGCAGUGGAAUACGGCUGCUGAGCGCGCUUCGACAGAUAUUCCCGUCCAUAGGCCUUUAGGUCAGAAAUGCUAUGAGUUCGCAAAACAAAUAGAGCAAAUGGUUCGCGUGACGAUCGGGUAUAGUGCAAAUGCGCCAUCGCAUAACCCUCCGCAAUCCCGAGAACGCGUCGACAGGAGUUUCGAUGUGCGACAGGCAGGUCAGAUUUAUGAAUCACAGGAUCGUGAGCCAAUCACCGGCGGCAGCUAUUAUCUUCAUGAUGAGUCACGUUCUUUCAAAUCGAAGCAAGCUGUAGAAUUGACGCGUCGUAAAGCCGAGCAUGUUCAGUUCCAGAAGAACCAGCCCGAUGAGGAAGAAGCUGAAGGGAAUAUUGUGAGUUUCUUUGUGAAGAAACCUGAAGAAGGAUGUAUAAAAGAUUCAUCGUCCGCCGAAGAGAUAAUAAGAAGACGUUUCCAUGAUGACUGCCGGUCUUUGUUCUAUUCGUUGGAAGUGUCUAAAAGGGCCAUUCUUGACCUCCAUCGGGAACUAAAUGAGUAUGAGCUUUGUAUUCAUGCUUCGGAAGUACCAGCCGAAAAGGUUAAAGAGGAACUGUCCCCGGAGGCAUGCGGGUCGUUGUUCUAUUCGCUAGCGAUCUCUCAAAAAACCAUUAGAGACUUACAGCGUGAAGUAGAUGAAUAUGGCCUUCACAUUCAUACUUCAGAAUUGCCAAUCGAGGGUAAAGCUGAGCUUCUGGAGACCUGA